AUGUCUGCUGCUACUACACCUAUUGAUUUCAAAGAUUCAUUGUUUGAAUCUCCAGAAAUGGUCAAUGACAAGAUGAUUGAACCAAAAAAGAAUGUUGAUGCUGCUGCUACAGCUACAACUGAAAGUCGCGCUGCUUCAUCUGUAGAAGAGAUGAAUCAGAAAAAGGAAGUUGCAUCGCCUUUUCAAAUCCAUUCAAGUGUAUUGGAAUCUGUUUUCAGUACCAACUUGGACGGCAAGGAUGCUUUAUUAGAUCAUACUCCUAUGUUUGAUGAGUUGGAUUUCAUCAUGGAUGGUGCCAAGGUGAACUCUAAGGAUGAUUGGGUCGCUCUCUUUGGAGACGAUGAUGAUGCCAUGUUCCCAACUGAAGGGGAAGGUGAUGGUGAAUAUGGUCCAAUUCUAUCCUUAGAUGAUGCCGCCACCGAUGAUGCUGCUGGUGUUGCUGUUACUGGUGAUGAAGCAGAUUCAAUUGUUCCUCAUGACGAAAUCUUGGAGGCUCUUUUGAUUGAAGCUUCACCAAAUGGGUUGUCAGAUGACACCAUUUCUGCGGCUACUACCUCGGCAUCCAGUCCAGAUUUGAUUAGCACUGUUGCUACCAGUGUUGCCCCUUCAUCUUCAAACAAGAGAUCAUUUAGAGAGGUAGAUUCUGUUGCUGACUAUGGUGCCAAAAGGUCAAAUCAACAGUCGCAGUUGUUUACCCCCAACAUUUCAUCUGCUUUGCCUACUCCUCAGUUGGAUAUGAAGAAGCCAUCAUCGAAAAAGGCUAAAGUUGACCAUUUAGGAUGUGUCACAUAUUCCAAGAAACAACGGUCACAGUCAUUAGAACCCAUUGCUUUAGAUGGUAUUCAGGAUUCGGCUGCUUUGAAAAGAGCCAAGAACACUGAAGCUGCCAGGAGGUCAAGGGCUAGAAAAAUGGAGAGGAUGACCCAGUUGGAGGAUAAAGUUGAAGAGUUGAUGACUGAGAAAUCUGCAUUGGCUGAUGAAGUUGACAGAUUGAAAUCUAUACUUCAAGCCAAUGGGAUUGCUUAUUAA